AUGUCCGUCGCGGUCAUCCAUGGUGCCAGCCGAGGCAUUGGCCUCGCCCUCGCUUCCCAGUUCCUCCGCCGAACCAACUUCGACGUCGUAACCACAGGGCGGAGCUCACUACCACCGCUGCCGGACUCCAACGGGCGCCAUAUGCAUAUCGAAACAGACCUCGCAAACGAUCAAUCAGUCGCGCGUGCCGCCAAAUCCGUGGCGGAUAAAUAUGGCAAAGUAUGCAUCCGUGCAUUGGUGUGCACGGCCGGGUACUUGAAGCCAGAGAAGACUAUUACGGCGAUCGACGUGGAGGAAGCGGAGAAACAUUUCAAGAUCAACGCGAUCGCGCCUAUGCUCGUUGGGAAGCACUUUUCACCCUUGAUCCAGUUUCCAAAACGUGGUGGGACUUUGGGAGGGAAUUCUGCAUCGCUGGGGAAAUCAGCUCCUGCAAGUGGAAAGGACGAUGAACCGUUCAACCUGCCCAUCUGGGCGCACAUCUCUGCGCGUACGGGCUCUAUAGGAGAUAAUCGGCUGGGUGGAUGGUAUUCAUACCGCAUGAGCAAAGCGGCCAUCAACCAAUUGACGAGGACGCUGGCUGUCGAGCUCGGUCGCAAAGGAGCCGUGGUAGUAUCGCUGCACCCAGGCACGGUUCGAACAGAGCUGUCGCGGAAGUACAUCACGCACUUGGCGGAAGGCCACCAAUUGUUCGAUCCUGACCAGGCGGCGGAGAAGUUAUUUGACGUCAUGGCGGGAUUGGGCGAGGCUGAGAAUGGGAGGUUCUUUGAUUACGCACGGAAGGAAAUUGUUUGGUGA